UGGUCUUUUAUGUUUAUAUAGAUAUUUUACCAAUGCCCUCAUUUUCCACUGACAUGUCAAAGGUUUGUAAUUGAUCAAAUAUGGAUUUAAAUCUUGUUAUUUAUAAGGAAUGAUUUAUUAAAAAUUGAAUGCUUCUCAAUACUGUUGACAAGAGAUAACUGAUGCACGAAACGAUUAUUGAAUAUAUAAAAGUGACAUAUAUCUUCUUUACUCGCGAUAUAAUUGUAUAUGUAUAAUCGUCUUUGCAUAAAAUGCAAAGUGAAAGAAUUGAUUAUUUAUAAUACGUAUUUAAUAAAUAGAAAUAUUUUUGUAACAUUCUUUUGCGUGAGAAGCAUUAAACGAUAAACGAAACAAACUUAAAAGUAAAGAAAAAUAAAUAUAACAUAUUCGUAAUAUAUAGUAGUUUUACAUGUAUGAUAGUUAUAUCGGUGUUUCGCUAGGAGUAAUUUAAAAUUGAAAAUAAUAGCAACAUCGAUAAAUGUAAUAGGCAAAAUAAUGUUGGUUCGGAGCGACGGAUCAUAUUUUCUCGUCGCGGACCGAUCGGUCGAUGGUCCAAAGUCGACUGUCCGCGAGCGUACUGUCGGAGAGUACUAGCCGCGUCCCGACGCUUGCGCGCCGCAGGUUCCACGACUCCGUUAGACGGCGCCCCGACGCUGGUACCAUCGGACGGAGCGAUCGGUCGGGCCAACAGUCAGCCUCCAGUGAGCCAAGCAAGCUCUCUUUCCCUCCCUCACGCUCCCCCGUCACAUAUACAUGCACACGUAUACAUAGGAUACACGCAGGCACACGGCCACACACAAAAACGCAGUUACACACAUAUACACGUACAUUCUCUUACUCUCUCUCUCUCUCUCUCCGCCAACAUCCUGCGAGAGUCUCCAUCCACCGAACGACACGAGAGGGAGUUCGAGUUCCUGGCUUGUCCCUCACGGCUGCAGUGCGUUUCCAAACACCCAUGAGACAACCUCGAACUACUCGCACGCACGCACGCAUGCACACGGGGUGUUGAAGAGACACGAGGACGAGACGACGGAGACGUUCCCGAAAAGCUCCUUGUAAUUAGUGUUGAGAAGUCGACGAGUUGGCCGCUGGACAGCCUGCCACGCGACUGUGUCACUGAUAUCAAUACAAAUUCAUUUGUUUUUCCCUCCUCUACUUUUCGUCUACUGUCUUAUUAAUUGUCUGUCGCUGUCGUCUUAAUCCCUCUGUCAGUAUAGUAAUCGCGAAUCGAUAUUCAAAUGAUGCGAAAAGCCUCCACUUGCUUGACAAAGCUAGACCUGCUCUCGAAUAAAUUGUGCUGACUGUCGAAGGAGACUGAGAAGUUAUACGUGUGCGUUGGGGAGAUCUGAUGAGACCAAUCGUGCUCCUAGUCCAAGUGCGCGAAUUGAAUCUCGUCUCCGUAAUGUCAUUUUGCAACGUAUCCGAUUCGCAGCUUCGUUUUUCGUGCUAGAGUGCUUAAACGGAAGAAAAGACAAAAAAAAAGAGAUCUUUAAGAGUUUUAAAGAUGCAAUGUUAAGAAUAUAGUGGUAUCACGAGAUUUGAUUGAAGAUUUUUACGUGUUUCACGGCUUAUAGAUUAUUUGUGCUCCUGGUACAAAGGGAGAAAACUUACGUGCACGGAGAAAAAACAAUUCUCAUAGAGAAGAUAAAACGUGCUCACAGGCGAAAUGUCUCAGGUCAAAGCGAAUCUUCGAUAUUGUCAGAGCCGAAGAAAAAGGUAGCACUGUUAGAUCGUCAAAUGAAGAUCUCUUCAAUCAAAGACAACCGAGUAGCAUCAACUUGAAAAAAGUUAACAAUUAUCGAUUACUUCGAGUUACUUCUACGCGUUGCGAGAUAGAGAAGAUCUCAUACCUCACAAAUCGGAUAAAAUAAGUUUGCAAGAAAAAAUUGGAAAAGGAUUCUUUUUCCUCCCCCCAUUUAUCGCGCCAGGAGUCGCCAAAUUCAGGAAAUAGUUUUGAACGAAAGGAUUUGAAGAAGAUCCGACGGAUAUCACGAGUUACUACUGAAUCUAUCUAAAUAUACCGGAACUUCUUGUUGCGAGACCAACAGGCGAUUGAUGAAAUAGACAUUUUCAUAUUAAUUCUCUAUCGUUAUCGAAGCUACAGUAUUUUAUAACGGUCGAACGUACAUACAUCGUUGAAAGUCGUGAGUGAACUUAUGAAUGGAUCUACUUAAUCCAAUGACCUAGUGCCGUAUGAAGGAGGGUUAGAACGAGAGACAAGGAAACGGGACACGUCGUCGCAGCGUAAUGAGGUCUAUAAUGUGUAAAUAGGUGUACAUACGAGAAAAACUCUUACAUUACCGUGCGCGAUUUCUUUAAAGCAAAACAAGAUUUUAAUUUACUUGAGUUUUUUCUCCCUCUUGACUUUUCUCUCUCUCUCGCUCUCUCUCUCUUUCUCUCUCUCUCUCCCUUCUUCUCCUCCUCUCUAUCUCUCUCGUUCGCUCUUUUUCUCUCUAUUUUCUCUUCCUCUUGCCUCUGCCUUUUUCCUACGUAUCAUGUAUCAAUUAACUUGUCAUAUAUAUCCUAUAUUUAACGAUAGAGUAUAGAUUAAGAAUAUUUGCGCUUUAGCCACGUACGAUUGAUAAAUCGCUAAUUCCGUGUACAUUUACAGAAGUUACUAAUAAAGCAUGCACAUGGCUCGUGAGUAGCACCUUCGGAUUCGCGUUAAUACAUGUUACAUGUAUUACUUAUUAUAUAUAAUAUAAAUACGUGUACAUAAUUUUACAAUCUAUAAUCUCUGUUGUUCUGAUUUUUCUCACUGAUUUUGUAGUAUUCGAAAAGCAGGUCGGAGCAGUACGGGUAUCCAGCGCUUAGCCUUUUAGCCCCGGCGCGAUAAUUAAUUAGCUCGCGGGCAUCGUUAGAUUGAAACAACGUCGAGCCGCGCGUAGGACUUGAGGAAAGAAAGCGAGAGAAGAAACGUAAAUUGAAGUGAAACGAAGAAAUCGCGUUUCCAUCGCGAAAGAGGAAACGUACGAGCGCGUAAAUCAAUUAUCGAGUUUUAGACAAAAUCGUGUUUCACGACCGUGUCAAAAUGGCUGUCGUCUUGUGAAAUUACUUUGGGGAUCUGUGCUAGUCCUAAAGAGAAAUUUUCUUACGAUCGUCGGCAUUUUCUCAAGAAAACUUUUCUCGCUUCAUUUGCCUCCAGGCUAUGUAGGCUGCUCAAGCUUAAUAUAAAGAAAAAAUAAAAAAAAGGGGACCAAUUUUUUACUCUUAUUCUCAUAGACUAUCUCUCUCUCUCUCUCUCUCUCUCUCUCUCUCUCUCUCUCUCUCUCCUCUCUCCUUUCUAUCUUUUUCUAUCUUAUCUAUCUCUUUUUCUUCCAUUUUCUCUAUCUACCUUGAUACUCUUAAUCAAGUCGCCCAGUGGACUAUCCAUAAAUCUUUGUCCGUGUUAAAUCUGUUGUGGACCAGUGAAUACAGGAAACACGAGGAACGGAGUCGUGCGACUCAUGCAAGCAAUAAAUUAAAGACCAACUAAGUAUGACCACGGCACCGAAAACGUAACAGAAGUAACGUUACGAUUGCAACAGCAAAAAACCGAAGGUGUCAGUUGCGCCGAAAUUAGCUAAAUUUAAGCUAAACUAGAUUCUAAAAGAUUUGGUCCAAUAGAGAAAGAGAGAGAAAAAAAAGUGGUUAACGAUUGUCGAAGGCGAAAUUUAAUCGCCCUUUGUUAGCUGCGUUAAGGAAAAAAAAUAAAUAAAUAACGCAACGCGUAAUAAAAAGCAUAAAGUAGUAGACACUUUCAACAGUUUCAAAGACUUCUAAAUUAAAGACACUUACUCGAACGAGUGCGGCACUAGCGUGAUUCACGUAUUAUAUAAAAUACGCAUCGAUUACAGCGGGAACAAGCUCAACCAACGAAAUUGGUAUCGCAAAUCAAAUUAUCGUUUGAUCCGUGGAAGAUUAAUAGUCAGCGAGAGACAACGGCUUCGAGGAAAACGAGCCUAGAGGUGAAGGAAGAGCGCGUUUGGAGGCAUUUACGUGUUCGAGAAGGAUGGCAUUAUCCUGAAACGGGCAUGACGCCCUUGGCCUCGAGAUGCGACGAGACCACCACCCUCCUACUGUUGCUGCUACUCGAGCUGGCACCCGGGGCACGUUGCUAUUCGCGCGCGGCUGCAACCUCCGCUUCGUCCAUACCGAGAUAGCAUCUACAGUCCCCGGCGAGGGUGCGAGUGAUGCCGCUUCUCGGCAGCAUUAUGACCAUCGCCGUCGACGAUAGUCCGACAACGGCAUCCACGAGCGUCUUUGAGGGGAACAUGACGUGGUCUCGACCAAUCAGUGGUGCUGGCUCUACGUUUCCGAGUAACGAGGCCUUCCCGACGACACGUGCGAUCCCGAACGGUAAAAAGCCACGGCGGCCGCGUCCAGCCGCGACAGCUAUUACCACGGGCGGUGAUCGCGUUGUUAGCAGGCGCCUCCUCAGCGGUGGAGGUGGUGCAGCUCUGGAGAAAGGACCGAGACGCAAGAACGCUGCGAAAAACAACGAAAAACACAUCGAGCAAGCCGGCGAGCGUAACAUCACGACGGGAAGAGAGAAGAGCGACGAGGCGGCAAAGGAAGCUUCUUCCCCUCGUCGCACUUGUGGCCACACUUCGGAAACUCAAAUUUGCGACGGGAGCCGCGAGUCCGUAGGCGCGACAAAGAGUGAGAAAACUGCAUUUACUGGGGCAGGGAUAAUAAGUACUGCUGGUGGAGUAGGCGGCGACAGUGAAAGACAAAGUGUCGACAGCGUAGGCAGUAUAACUACCGCCGAUAGUGUAAGUGUGAGUACAGGUGUAUCGAACAACACGGAGGUGGAGGAGGAGGAGGCGGCGGUGGAGGAGGAGGUGCAAGUCGCGAUUGAAUACGGGAAGGAUUUGUUGCUUUUCGGUUUUAGCGACACAAUGGAGGACGCGAUAAAUUCGUUCAACGAUUCAUUCAACGGAAGUCUCCGUCAUCCUUGGAAUAUUAGUUUGUAUAACGAGACUUUCAUUGUUCUGGGAGAGGGUAUGUAUCCGUCGGGAUACACUCUCCCGCACAUUAUACUAGCGUCUAUUCUCGCGACGCUCUUGAUGAUCGUGAUCGUCGUGGGAAACAUGCUGGUGAUAAUUGCCAUAGCUACGGAGAAAGCGCUCAAGAAUAUACAGAAUUGGUUCAUAGCCAGUCUCGCGGUAGCGGACUUCUUCCUUGGUCUCGUCAUCAUGCCGUUCUCCCUCGCUAACGAGAUCAUGGGUUACUGGAUCUUUGGAUAUUGGUGGUGUGAUAUUCAUUCUGCCAUGGACGUGUUGUUGUGUACGGCCAGUAUCAUGAAUCUGUGCCUAAUCAGCUUAGACAGAUUUUGGAGCAUAACGCAAGCGGUCGACUACUUGAAGAAAAGAACUCCAGCUAGAGCGGCGCUUAUGAUUACCCUUGUCUGGCUACUGUCGGCGCUUGUUUGUAUACCACCGUUACUCGGAUGGAAGAGACCCACACCGGAAGCAGAAUAUCCCAAAUGCGAGUUGUCGGAGGACAUUGGGUAUGUCCUUUACUCUGCUCUAGGCAGCUUUUACAUCCCAUCCUGCAUCAUGGUCUUCGUGUACAUACGUAUAUACUUCGCUGCCAAAGCUCGCGCGCGUCGCGGCAUCCGGAAGCAGCCCCGUCCACGUGCGGUACCGCCGGAAUCGCCUGACAUCAGGCAGACCAGUUUCACUCAGAGCACACCGGCAACCGAUGCUAAGAAACCUCCGGGAUCAGUCAUGGAAAACGUUGCCACGAUCGAGAACCAACCGGUCCAGAUACCGAUUGUCACGUGUGACUUUGCUAGUGACGUCAGCACAUCAGAGGCCGAUCCCGGCGGAGGCACUAGUAUACCGAUGGAAGAGAAGGACACGCUGAAGGUGAAUGUACCGGUGCCGGCGCAGAAAAGUAACCUAAAGGCGAGCCUGUCGGUGAACGGGGAUGGACAGUCGGGAGGACAGAACGUGCCGGCGCGAUGUCGAGCGCCCAGCGUUGGCAUCGACGUCGACAUGGUCUCCGAGUUUGAUCCCUCCUCGUCGGACAGUGGCGUGGUGUCGAGAUGCGCAGUGGUAAAACCGCUAAAGCUGCGACUGUGCCAGCCAAUUUUCGGGCGCAAGCACGUAGGUAAGUUGAAGAGAAACACGGCGAUGGGGGCGACACGGGGCGGGCGGCAAGGACGAGUCCGGCGGCUGUGGCGGCGGCGGCGGCGGCGGCGGCGGCGGCGGCGGGGCGGUGGCGGCGACGGGAAGACGAUGAAGCAACGCGAUCCAGAGAGAGAAAAGAGAAGAAUAGCGAGAAAGAAAGAGAAGCGUGCGACGAUGAUCCUAGGUUUCAUAAUGGGUAGCUUUAUCGCCUGUUGGCUGCCCUUUUUCGUCCUUUACAUCGUGAAACCACUCUUUCCCGAUUUCGAUAUACCCUCGCAGGCCUUCGUAAUCGCUUUCUGGCUCGGCUACACCAACUCGGCGCUGAAUCCCUUCAUUUACACAGUCUUCAACAAGGACUUCCGCCGCGCUUUCCGCCGAAUAUUGUUUAAAUGAGCAAUACAGUAUAGCGUCGACCAAGAGGGACGCUAGCGACGACUCAAUUUUCCGUCCUCGGGAAUACCUCGAGGACUCCGAGGAUGUUUUCUCGAUCGAAUCGCGCGAUAUGCGAUAUCCGAUAUCUGUUUCCUCGAGUUAGCCUCGAGAGAAACUUUAAUCAUAAGAGGAAGGUGUGGAAUUUUACAACGCCGUGGAAACAUUUGCGAAAGAUGGAAUCGGAAAUGCUCCUCGCCCCUCGCCCCCCUCACUCCUCGCCGGAGUUUGCGACAAGACGAGAAGUUUGCGUUUCGCAGAUCGAAAAAAGUUUUCCAGCUCAUUUUUUCGGAAUACAAAACGAACUGCACUGGAAACUGCAGAAUCGCACGUGCGAAGAAUCGGAGAAUCGAGAAGAAACGAGACACGUCUCUGAGUUUAUAUAUUCGUGUAUUCCUUCGGGAUUGUUGUCAUCUUUCAAAAAAAAAAAAAAAACGACUCUUUUUGCAACUGUCAAAUCAACGUACAACUUUAUCCCGAAAACGCGAAAUAUGUAUAUGUAUCGCAAGUUAUUUUUCAAUAUACGCACGCGAUCCUGACUGACGAGAGAGAGAGAGAGAGAGAGAGAGAAGAAGAAGAAAUUUUUUUUUUCUUCGAAAACGUCGAAACUCGACAACAUUGUUUCUUUCUACAUUAUUAAACGAUGGAAGCAAAAUACGAAACGAGUUUCGAACGUUUCGGGGAGCCACAGCCACACACUGGGGAGCCAGGGAGCCAGGGAGCCAGGGAGCCACUACUCCAUAUUAAACAAACCCCUUAAUGCGUAAGAUCGAAUUCUACUACUUUUACACAACUUGUACGGACAUUGUACAUGCUGCACGCGACAGAUCAACGAAAGCUGUACGCCGUUCGCUUGGCUGGCCAAGGGAACACGAUCCGCCACGCACGGCGGAUUCCUAUUCUCCAACUUACGACGAAAAGCGAAUCGCUUCGAAGACCAAGAGGCAGCAUAUCGCUCCUUCCUCCAUCUCCACGCAUAUUUUUUUUACUGGCCAUUCCUCUUCCACAAUAUGAAAGAAAAAGAAAAAAAGAAAAAGAGAAACGUGAUCGACUGAUACGCGGAUGGAGGACACUAUUUUCGUGCCUAAUCUCUUGGUCGCGUUUAUGAAAGACAUGACAAUCCUAAGUUGCGUACAUGCAACGCAGCAUGCACACGCUCGAGUAAAUUUACUGGGUCUCGUCGUGGAAAAAUAAUGGGACGGCUUGCAAGUUUCAUAGCGCGUUACAUCCCCGAGUACAACAACGCGGUCGACUAUCGCGGUAGAGGACGGGACGCACAAUCGCGCGGAGAAUGCAACUUGUAGAGUGCGACUCGUUUAAUCAUACGCGAGGGAAAAUACAAUACGACGCGAUCGAAGGAGGAAGGAGAACCCUUAGAACACCGUGGCCGCGAUCGGUCACGUCAACACCAACCAACGUUGAAGAUCGUCGGCGGAUUUAUUGACAAAUAAAUGAGAAUACGAGAGAGUAUAUGAUACAUUUCCUACUAAUUAGAUAUAUACAUAAACGCGCGUUGUGGCCGCGGAGACGGUCCCUUUAAACGUCCGGCGUUCCAAUCGUGAGUCUUCGAUGUUACUUUUAACGAAAGAUUAUGUAUAGGAUUUAAUAAUUCUGUCACGUACGUGCAGGGCAUAUGGAUGCGUGCUGGCAAUAUAUAUUCAUAUACUUUUUUCAAGAGACACAAAAGUUGUAUUUCGUAAACAGGUUUCUUUGUCGCAGCCUAACUGUACAGCAAUAAUCAAUCUUUCAUUCGUUGAAAACGAUCGUUUGUUGAAACGAGGUAUCACGCGCGCGCAAGAGAGAGAGAGAGAGAGAGAGAGAGAGAGAGAGAGAGAGAGAGUAAAUCGGCGCUAAACGAUCAAUCGCAGAUUGUGUUUUCGAUCACGCAUUGUCCGUACGUACAUGUGAGAAGGUGUGCGUAUGUGCGAACGGGAACGUGCGCACACGCUAUCCAAUAUGCGAUGAAUAAUCACUUUGCGUCGCAGGGUCCAAAAUUAAACGCGAAUCUAGAUAAAAAUAAAAAAAGAAUUGUAUAUGACUGUGCGUAUAUAUAUAUAUAUAUAUACAUAUACAUAUAUGUCCAUCGGUAUUCCAUUACUCAAAUUUAUUCCCCAUCACGAACAAAAACUUUGACCAAAGCUUAAUCAUACUUCGGUUAUGUUUACUCGAUUCACAUUGGAUGUAUUCUAUACCCGAUUGUGCAACAAUAACGGAAAAGCGGCACACUAUGGACGACGGAAUGAUCGAAAGCGACCAGUUAAUUCUCCAAGGGUACAGAAUAGAUCCGCCAAUUAGUGUGAAAUCGCUUCUAAGAAAUAUUAUUUCCGUAAGACGGAAAUCCUGUGCCUGCCAGUAAACAGAUGCUCCUACGUCAAUAUGAACGAGAGUCUCGCGGAAUGAUCAUACGCGGAAAGGGGAUGGUCCCCUUUCCGCAAGCUAGAGAGGAGGAAACGAUGUCUCGCACACCUGUGCUCGCUAUUCGCGUUUCUGCGAAAACACAACUGUGUAACAAUAUUCCUCAUUUCGUUCCAUCACACCGAGAUCUCGACAACGCGUUCUCUAGCGACUUUUCAAGAGAGGUCACGAUGCGAGAUUCCCUCUUCCGGAUUUUCCUCUUUUGAAAUUUCCAAAGAGACAAUGUCAGCUUUUUCGCCGACCUCGCGUUCGAUUUGGCGAGAGAGAGAGAGAGAGAGAGAGAGAGAGAGAGAGAGGGGGGGAGGAGAGAGACGAUAAGCUCCAGCAUCAUAAAUCCUAUACGCCCAAUACAGCGUGUACAUUAGCGGAAAUGUACGCGCUCACGCGCACGUACGUGACGCGCAAUACACCACAACGAUAAAUCGAUAAACACAUCUCGCGCGUCUGGUUCCGUAAUGUUUAAGUGUGCCUGCCUACCUGCCUGCCUAUGCGUGCGUGCGUACAUAUAUUUUCUCGCGUCUCGCUCUCUGUCACCUCUUUUUCACUUCGUCUCCGAGACUCCCUUCUAUCUUCCAACUAUCGUUUAACUGUUUCAGUAAUAUUGCUCAUAUUAUGUAACUUCAAAUUUCAAUUUUUCUCUAAUUUUAAUUUUACCUUAAUUUAUUUCUCUGUUACACAUUUAGUUAUAUAAUUUAUCUAAGCUCUGCAGAUUUCUAAAAGAUUAUAAAAUCUCUCUCUCUCUCUCUCUCUCUCUUUCUCCCUCUCUUUCUCUCUUUCCGUUAUUAUUCCUUUUUUUUAUUACUUCCAUUUCUUUUCUUUUUCUAAUCUCGUGAUGAAAUGGUAAGUUGAAGAGGUUGAUGGGAAAAAGAUAAUUCGUAGGGAUAGCAAAUGAUUACGGAUGGUUGGAGAUCAGAUAUGAGAGAACCAAUAUGGAAUUCUGAUAAGAUUGUGGUAUUUGUUCAAUGGAUUAUUAACAUAGCUAUUGGAUCAAUAAGAACGUUCGGCUCGCCUUUCUUUUUACUGAAGAAAAAGAGGGAAAAAUUAGUAGAAGAGAAGAGAGACGCGUGUUUCCAUACGACGUGGUAAUCGAUUGCACGAAUGCCGCGGUCGUUGGACCCACUGUGGUUAUUUGCGUCGGACCGCUAUACGACAAAUAUGUGGACGGGAUCAUGUCAAGUCAUGUGUACUAGAUGAAAAUUCGUCAAAAUGAAAAUGCAAUUCUUUUCAGUCUAAUAUUAAUAAUUAAUAUAACAAUUGUUUGUUGAAAAAAAGCAAAAAUGGUUUAUUUUUUAAAUCAGCUGAUUAGCACAUAUCCUCUAUUUAUACAUUGUACUUUGUUUAAAAAUAUUUCUUAUUGACUAAUUUAAUGAAAGUUGUUUUCUUAUUUUAUUUUUUCAUUGCUCAAAUAAAAAUGUUUAUAUUUCCAUUUUUAUCAUGAAACAAAAAUUCAAAACAAAAAUUUUUUGUUCUAAUAUGAUACAUAUGCGAGAUCAGCUUGUUACACAAAACGUUAUGAAUAUAAAAUAACUUUGAUGCUACUUGUCUCUACUUAAUACAUAUAUAUCUUUUCAGUCACUAUUUUGGUUUAACAAUUACCUUAUUGAUUUUAUUUUAUAUAUAAUUAAUACUUUUUCCAUUAUUAAAUAGCUAUUAUUUUACAUGCAUCAAUCUAAUUUAUGAUCUCUUCUCAAUAAGCAAAAGAUUUGAUAAAAUUUCCGGACGUGUACAAUUAGUAACAUACUCGUAAGGAAUAAUUAAACGGAAAGUAAAAAUAUUUUACUCUUUGGGAAUCCUAGACGGACGAAGACGAUUAUUGAAUUGUGCUAUAAUUAUACGAUUAAUUCUGUUAAUUAUAUCGAGAGAAGAUAUCGAGAGCGAGAUACGAGUAUAGACAUGUUGAUUCGAAUGAACUAAUUGAUAUGAAUGAAAUAAUAUUAUAAGUGAUUUUAAACAUACAAGACAUUAGUGAAUAAAAUAUAAAUGGCCGUGCAAAGAAAUAGCGCAAAUCAUUAAGAUUGAGAUAAAUGUAAGUAACGUAUAAGAAUUAUGACCGUUUACCAAUUGUCAUCAAUUAAUACGUGUAACACCAGUCGCUUUAGGCGUGGUGAAGAAUUUUUGCAAACAAGUCUUUCGGAAAAUCUCUAUGUGUGUGUCAGUUAUCUACUUUACGUAAACGAUGUUCUCUAAGCACUAUAAUGUACAGUGACAGUUUCGAAAUUAAGCUAUCAUUCGCGUAAGCUAUCAUUCGCGUAAGAACUGUAACGAUCGCAACGAUCUACGUAUCUAAUUCCUACGAUCAUUUCGGUUAUACUCGUGCAAUCUGACUCUAAUGUGGUGCACAACGCACCAUUCGCGAAGCGUUAUACGAUACAAUGCAAAUGCAUUUGAAACCGACAUGCAUUGUAUACACAUGUAUAUUAUACAUAUAUACAUACAUAUAUAUAUAUAUAUAUAUAUAUAUAUAUAUAUAUAUAUAUAUAUAUAUAUAUAUUACUCUGUUAUUACUAUUAUACUAACUAUUAAUAUCCUAACUAUUAAUUAGAUAUUACUAAUCAAAGUAGGAAUCCAACGAUCGAUUCUAUCUGUUAUUUCCAAUACACCGACGGCAAUGGUCGCGUCGCGUGAGAUCGUCUUUACAUUCGUCUCGCUAUCGCAUUCGUAAAGCUAGAGAAACGAGCAGAGGCAGAGCCAGAGCCAGAGAGAUCAUUCUGGAUUUUCCCAAGAGGGGGAGAAAAAAAGAAUUAAUGUUAGUCCGCGCCAGUUCGUCGACUUGGAGCCGUCCGUUCCAGUUGCGAGUAACUCGGCGGGGCAGAAAAGUUUAUUCUUCGCGGAAGAAUGGGAAGGGACGCGGACGCGAUAGGGGAAGCGUAGAAACGCAAUGGUGAACGUGCUGUGAUCGUUUUCCCCGGGAACACAAAUCUCGAAGCUCAGACUUCAUUUGCCCAAUCUUCCCCUGUGGAUUAAGCAUUUCCACCCAACUGAAACGCACGAUUUAAAGCGCCGCCGCGCCGCGCGCUGUCAUAAUGCGCGCCCCGCGAUUUAUUGUUACCACGAUAAAGCGGCGUUUUUAUCUAACGAUCGAAGCCACACAUAUAGAAUAUCUCAAUGUUGAUGCGCGCACAUGGUCGCUACGAUUUCUCUUUAUUUGGCACGAAUUUCCAAAUUUUCGGGAGAAGCGAACCGCAUCGACUUUAUGAAGGAAUUUUUAUAGUUAUGCGAUUCGGCUACACACACACACACACGCGCGCGCGCGCGCGCGAAUAAAAGAUGUUCCAGAUUAUUCGAGUGUGAAGAAAAUUCGUUUCGCUGCAGUUGUACGUACGACAGCCGAUUUCGCUGCAGAAUAAUGAGAAAUGUCACCCGAAAGAGAAAGAACGUGUCGUUCGUUUAUACAGGCCACAAACGUGUGUUAAAAUUAUUUUUUUAACUUUAAAUGUCAAUAACUUUGAUUACUAUUGACCAACUAUUUAUGAUAGUUUGUCAAGAUUACAUAUAUCUCGCAUUUUUAAGUAUUUUUCAGAAAAAUGUCUUAUUAUAUUUAUUUGUUAAUUUUUUUGUGUUAACACGAAGAAAAGAAAAAGCUUUAUAGCAUAUACGUGUAAAAAUUAUCCAAUCAACGCUGCAACGUGACGAUGAAAUUACAAUAAUAGUAAUUAUCAAGUACGUUCCGUAGUAAAAAAAAAAAAAAAAAUGUAACUUCCUGCAUUUUACAAUCAAAGUUGUAACUAUUUAUAAAUCACAAUUAAUAUCAGGUGACACCGAUGAAAAAGAACAAUACAAUAUUAUUCGACAGAUUAAUUAACUCGAAAUAAAUGGUCAUCGUGUAUUGGAUUAACAUAAAUCUGUUAUACGCUCGUGCAUUACGAAUAAUUUGAGCUCGUAUUUUAUCGUAUCUUUUUAAAUGUUGCCCAUUCUCGUUACGAGGAGGUCGUUUGUGUCGACCGAGAUUUAUGAUCCCGUCAUCGCCUCGCCGAGAUUUAUUUGCUCGUUGGACGACUCAGAUCCGAAACGAGCGAUCGCGAUUACCAUGCGAGUGCAUUAUGACGAAUUCGCGCGCCAGCGUCGCCGACGGACUUUUACUCUAUUGAUGAUAUUGGAGCAAUGAAAUCACUGUGAUAUCACUAAAACGCUUUCAAAGUGUGCAAUGAGAUUGAGAACGACGCUACGUAAAACUGACGUGAACGAGAGAGAGAGAGAGAGAGAGAGAGAGAGAGAGAGAGAGAGAGAGAGAGAGAGAGAGAGAAAGCGUGUGUAUGUGUACGUGUGCAUGUACGUAUGUUACAAAUUGAGAGAAAAUAAUAGGAGAGAGAAUGUAGAAAUUUAUGCUAUUUCGAUUACGUACAUUAUUAUAAAAGCGUAUAUUAUAUGUAUAUAAUACACACACAUGCAUAUGUACGAACAAUUAACUAUAUAGAAAUAUUAUGAAACUUGUAUUAUUGUAAUCGGGAGAAAAAAUAUACAUACAUACAUACACAUAUAUAUAUUGAAGACUAAACACACACUAUAUAUUAUUAUUGUCGAUAUUAUAUCAUUAAAACUAUCAUCAUUUUAUGGUUACUAUCAUCAUUGUUAGUACUCACUAUUAUCGAUACAAAAGUCCUAUUGUCUAAUAGCGUUGAUUAUCUGUUAUAGAGAAUGAGAAUAUAAUGUUACAACAGAGAUAGAGAUAAAAACAAAAAAUUACAAAUAUAAUUAAUAGUACUAUUUAUGAGAAACGUUUUACUAUGUAAAUAAAAAUUAUAAUUCCGAGCUAUCAGCUAAUUCUCCAUAUUUAACACGAGUAGAGCCGAGAGAAACAUGGAGAGAAGAUUAGCUGUAGCUCGUGGGCGACUUCUGAUAUAGGAUUUAGAUAUUAUAAGUAUCGAUUUCCCAAUUAAAAGAUCGAAUAUUACGACAGUCCAUUUAAUGGGAAUUCUAUAGAGACAAUAGCGACCACGCGUUACGAAAUUUGAUGCUAGGUUGGCACAAAAAGCGAAUUCUAAGUGUGUGAAACAAUUGAGAAACUUUGAAAGCACGUUUAGCAUUCCUGGCGUCUUUAAAUUACCAGCAUGGCAACUACGUCGGUUGACGUAAAUGAUUUUUCAUUUCUCCUUCUGUAAACCCGAAUCGCUUUACGUCCUUUCAAAUUUCAUAAUGUCAAUGCACAUAUAUAAAUUAUUUAUAGAAUUAUAAGUUUCAAGAAAACAAUAACGAUAUGUAACGCAAAGCGUGCACGGAAUUUAAGACAAUUUAACAAAAUGGAAAUUUUCAAGUAACAGCAUUCUACGUCGCACGAGAAAAAACACCCUACCAUACGUUUUAAGUUUGUAAGGUUCAAACGUGUAAUCCGAUUGUGAAAAAUUUACAAUCGGAGUUUUUUUUUUUUUUUUUUAACACAAUUUGUUAAGCUCACGCCAUACAAUAUAUAUUUCUCUUAUUCGUUGUCUUUGCAGACUGUAAUGCAUGUUAUCCGGUAUGUUACCAAACAAGGUAUGUCGCUGCAGAUUUGGCGUCGUGGGACUGGGACACAGACGCACGUGACGUGAUUGAUGUAACGCGAUUAUGUAGAUGGAGAGUGAAAAGAAGAGCUCGCGCACGAUUGUUACGACCGGAUCACGCUAGUUACACGUGACAAAACAUGCGCGGGAAAUAGCACGAUAUCUAUCAUCGAGUAGAAAAGCAAGCGAUGCGAGUCGUAACAAGCAGCAUGCAUGAUAAACUUGCACUCUGCAACGAAAUACGCUACGUAAAGAAAACACGUGCGGCGCGGACUCUAACGAAUAUAUUCAAACAUUGCAAAACAGCAGAGACCUCAUUAACGAUUUAUCAUCAUUUUCAUACGUUUGUGGAUCUCGCUCCACGCGACACGCGUAGUAGGAUGCUGUUACUAUCCGACGCGCGACUACUCGAGCAAGUAUUCUCGUGUAAUUGAGUUUGGAAAACUGAACAGGCUUUUGAAGUCCAAAACACUGUGCACAUCACGCGGAAGGAGUCGCAUUUUGCGUCACCGUACUUUAUUACACGUUACCUUACGUAAUACGGUGACGAUCGCUGUAUAAGCGUGUCCGACGAGUAUCGAUUCACACACGAGUGUUGUAUCCUAUCGCCGAUUGUAGCAUGCAUUUUUUUAGCGAUACGUUUCAUCCUUAUUGUUAGUCAAUCUCAACGUUACAACGAUUCCACCGCACGACGGCAGUUACUAUUACUGGCAAUGUGGUUACUAGAGAUUUUCCGCGAUAAUCGAUAUGACGAAUGAUAAUGUACUGUGAAAGGUAGUGUAAGUCUAAGAGAAUAUUGAAAUGGUAGCGUCAUAGUUGUUUGCAUCAAAAGCAUAUUUCAAGUGUUGUUGUAGUAAUUCUUUAGUUUGAAAAACUGUUUCAAUCCUUUCUUACACAAAACGGUGCAUGCAUGAUGUACGAUUGAUUCUUGCACUUCUACUUUCUCAUUUUCUCAAGACAAUGUGAAAACGUUCUUUAAAUUCUCAACAUUAUAUUUCGGUAUCAACCCGUUGAAAUUUUUGUUCGAGCAGUGAUAGAUCCGCUCGGAAUCUAAGGACUUGGAAGUAUUUCAGAACAAAAUCACUGGUCAUUAUAAGUAAAGCAACCAUAUUCACUUAACUAACAUAAUAAUAGCUUUAGAAGAGCUGCUAAUGAUGAGUACAUUCAAAAACACACAAAUAAUUAUUUUCUUAGUACAUAAAACAUUCAAAGCAAAAAUAAAAUAAGCGUAAUUUGAAAAAUUGUUUUCAAUUUAAUAUUGCUAUAGCGGGACUUACAAAUCAACUUAUUACUUUUUUAUAUCGAAUCUUUUAAUAAAACGUAUGGAAUAUUUUACUACUUAAUUGAAAUAAUAUUAACAAUAUUGAUUGAAAAAUCAAAUUGUAUGUAAUGUUUUAUAUCGGGAAAAGGGAAAAGCUGGUCACACUUUAACCUAUGAAUCGAUGUCGCCGAUACUCGUCGCAUUUCGCGCGGGACCUUCGAGUUCUCGAUCCACGAUCGCCGCAUGAUCCAGGAUCCGGUGUAUCCGUACAUGGAUUCGCUGUAAAUGUAACGCCGACAAAGUCUACCAAGUACCUACUAAGUAUCCAAACGACAAACAAAUAAUGCUUGAACAAUCAAGAAGAUAAUCAUUGCGCAACGCGAAAUGACAUCUAUUCACAAGUAUUCUUUUAUCAAAUCCUUUGAUCUUUUCUGCAAAGAUGAGUUCCUUUAACUUGUAUAAUACGGCAAAAAGUAUGCUUUGUUUUUCCCGAAUUUUUUUUUGCAAAUCAUCGUCAUUUAAAUAUGAUCACAUUACAUAUAUAUGUACGUAAGUAUACGUAUUAUCGUGGAUUAACGAAAUAUAGACAAAGGUUUCAGGAAAUCUCUUUAUCAUUUGUCAGCGCUACGUUCAUUAACAUUCCUUCGAGUGUGUACUUCAAAAUUACAUCACCCGCGUUGUAUACACCGUAAGCACAGCCAUCCAUAAAUAAUGAUGAUUGAAUGUACGCUUCCCUCAGCACUUUCGCUUAAAUAGCUGCAAAUACUGUUUUCUAAAGAUGUUGGCGUAUUAUCGUUAAACUUUCAAAAUCUUGUGACUCAAAACUGUGUUAAUAAGAGACAAAAACUAUCCAUCACAUUUAAAUAUGAUACAUAUAACGUCAAUAAUUUCCAGAAAUUAUCUUUCAACUAGUUAAAAUAGCGAAAUAGAAAUGCUUCUACUGAAAGGCAUGGCAAUGCUAAAUCGCAAGAUUUUUAUAAAUUAAUGAUGAUAUAUAGAGUUAAAUCGGACACGUUUGUGAUACAAACUUUUUACAUUAAUUAUUAAUUAUUUUAAAAAAUAAAGAUAAAAUUUUUCUUUGAAAUAAAUCAUACGCAGAUAAGGUAAAUUUUUUAAUUAUCAAUAUACGAAUUACAAGAUAUAUUCCAUAUCUUGUAAUUUAUUCAACGCAUCGACUCUCCUGAUAGCAGCACGUACAAAAUUAUUUUGCGUCGUUUUAUAUUACGCCGCGAGACCCAGUUUACAACACCGUCGAAAUCACGCAAAAGAUUCAAAUCAAAUUUAAAGCCGCUAACACAACGGAAUAAUGGGAUUCCGUUUAGUGAAAUUUACACAGUAAAAGCUGUAAAAAGUUUUCCGCUUCGUGUCGUGCACAUAUAGACAUGUAAAUCUACUACAUGCAAUAGUUACUUUUUGUUUCAUUACAAUAAUCAAUUUAUUGUCACGUAAUAAUAGUCAAAACACGGCAACACGCAAUCAAGUUUUCACAGCGCGAUACCUGUACUCUCGUUCAUUAUGGAUUUGGUAAAAAGAGAGAAAUAUAUAAAUAUGCAAGAAAAAAUCAUUGAUUUAUUAAUGCGAAAUAACAUCGGGCAAAAAAGUGAAAAUAUCCAAGUAUAGAAAUUUUAUUAUUUAGCAAAACUGUCGGUUUCAGAGAUAUGUUUAUUUCACAUUUCUCUCUCUCUCUCUCUCUCUCUCUCUCUCUCUCUCUCUCUCUCUCUGUAUUGUCUCUCCGGGUAAAAUUAAAUUAAAAAGUCUGUAUGCACGGGGAUUACGGUCUAUCCCAUUCCGAGUUGUCAGCGAAAUGAUACUGGCGUUAUUCGAUGCGCGUACACCUGGACCCGCGUGCAAUGAAAAAAGCUGCUCUAUCUUCGUUCAUUUACAUCGUUCGCGAGAGGAAUAAACGCGCGUAUGGUGAAGCUGUGUCAAAGAAUACGCACGACUGCUUUUCAAAUCCCACGCAUAUGUUAUCUUACGCACGAAAGACUCGUUUCUUUUUUUUCCUCUCUCUCUUAUUUUAUUGCACAGACAUUGCGGCCUGAUCUCUCUCUCUCUCUUUUCAGUCUCAUCAGAUAAUUAUAAACCGUAGAAAGGAAAUCAAUAAGCUAUUGCGUUUCAUUCGCAUGUCCGAUUAAUAGUUAUAACGGUGGUAAAUAAUUUCUAGAAAUAAAUGUGUAUAAACAUGUAGACUAUAUAUAUAUAUAUAUAUAUAUAUAUAUAUAUAUAUAUAUAUAGGUAUAUAAUUUACUGAGAGCACUAUUGACGUUUCGAUUUGUUUUUCGGCAUAUACAAUUGUAUCAUUUCUUUUUUUACAAUGCACACACGCGCAAAUCACUGGAGUAAAGAAAUUGACACAUAAUGCACAUGCUUACGCAAUAAACAUACACAUACACACAAAUGCACAUAUGCCGUACGAAAACGAUGCACUUGUGCGAAUACAUACAAAAUAUAUAUAAAAUAUAUAAUAUAUAUAACGCUCCAUUUUCAAAUAAAAACACCGUCUCUCUCAAUGCACAGGCGGAAUUCAUUUUACAUAAAAUUUGAUCUAUAAAAGUCUUCCAUUCCUUCCUCGCGUGUAUUCGUCUGUGUCUAUAUAUUCGGCCGACUAGUUACGGACACACGAGUGUACUGUGAAGCGUAAUUAGUAAACAGAGAGAAGGGAAAAACGGACGGAGCCGUUCGUCGUUCUCGCCGCAUUUUCGCCUAACGAACGAGAGAACAGGUCCGGCAAUUUGUAUCGCGGCCAUGAAUUGGUCGAUACAUUGCGAAACAAGUAACAAUUUAUCGAAAUCCCAAUAUGGUUAAUUAAAUACGUUCUCUAUUUAAUAGUAAUUUGAUUAACGAAUAAUAAAUUCUCUUAUUUUUAUCAAAAUUACUUAACGUUAGAAAGGAAAAUGUAUAUUUACAAAUGUUUUCCUUUUUUGUGAAUUUAUGAUGAGAAUUUCCCUAAUACGUUUUAUACGUUUUUGUUUUGCAAGAAAAAAUAUACAAUACUUAUAUAGCUGCUGACGCAAUUAACGAUUAAAGUAAAACAUGUAUGUAUACGUGAAAGAGGGGAUCGUAUACGAAUGAUUUUUUCCCGCUACGAAGGAAGAUGAUAACAAGUUAGGAAAUUCAACGCAUCUCAAGUGACGUUACGAAAAUAAAUAGAAUUUUCAUUCCUUUUGCAUUUCUAUUUCUCCGUAAGUGCGUUUAUUACCGCUGGUACAGACUUGUAUAUUAGAAACGAAACAAGUUCUGUUUUACACAACGGACUUAAUUGUGCCUAGGAGCGAUUGGAGCGGAGGAUCAAUUUAUGCCGUCAAGAAAUUUGCGAAAUCCUCGCCGUAACGCAUUAAAGCUUUUAUCCACUUCAACGUUAAACCAUUUCCGCGUAACUUUUCAACGGUCUUGUCUCGUUUUCAUCUCUAUACACCUCUUUCACUAUACAAGUCUUUCGCUAUACAGCCUCAGAGUGGCCCUUUACAAUUCGAUUUUGCGAUAUAUCUGCGCCGAAAAAGUUUCGCGAUGCAGCGCUAAAUGUACAACACAGUCGAAAUUACGCAUAUGUAAUCGGAAAAUAUCGUAAUGUCAAAAUAUAACACAUAUGCGAAAAGAGUGGGAUAAUGCUUGGAAAAUGCUUCUUUCUCUUCGUACGAAAAAUGGCGAAAAAUGAAGUGAAAAAAAAGUUGCCCGUCCACGCGUGAUAUAAAGUUUUGCGACGCGGCACGACGCGGCGCGGCGCGGCUGCUCAUAAAAGCUAACGUAGUUAAAAUUUAAUAGUAAACGCAUGAUAAAAGUCAUGAAAAGUGUCAGCGUUUAUCUCAGCAGCUAUCUCCUUAUUAUUAUUUAUGAGUUACAAUAAAAAUUCUUUAACGAAUACAACACAAUAUAUUAUGUACGAGCGAUGCGACGAGAACGUCGAAUGACGAAUAAGCUCAGUCCGAAAAUGGUGAGAAUGAAGUGAAACACUUGGAUCGUCGAAAGACUGAUUUGCAUGAAUUUCUCGAUCCGUUCACUCUUCUCGCGAUAGAAAGAAAAUUAUAUUUGCAAUACCUAAAGAUGAUCUAAAUCUUUUUCGCGCGCGCGCUAUACGCAAAUAUAAAUGUUAUCGAAGCGCGGAUAGUGUUCGACAGAAACGAUCGAAAGAAAAUCGCGGAUUGAAAUCGUGUAUCGAACUCCGCGAAACGCGAAUAAGAAAAAUUAAAGAAAAUGGGAGAUAUAAGUGAAAAAGGAAAAGAGAGAGAAAAAAUAUACAAACGAGGGAGAAAAAUAUGCUUUGUACUGUAUAAAUAUCCAUAGCACACAACACGCAGGUCCGCAAUAACGAUAAUAAUUUUUGUAUUUAAUAAAUCGACCGUAUUAAAGCGUGUAUAUUCUACUACUCGUAUAAGUUCGUUAUACAUAUUAAAAAAAAAAAAAAAUCGUAAAAACGAUGGAACAAAUCGACCAACGAGAAAAGGCGGAAUCGUUGUAAUACUGCGUAAUAAUGUAAUAAGACGUUAAAUCGAUGGAAAUGCGGCUGAGAAUGAUCGGCGCGUUAAACAGAAUAAAUUAUUUUUUUUCAACACAUUAUAAUACUUCUCUCUCCGAGCGAAUAUCCGUACUCUUCCUUAUUAAAAACGCUUAAAGUAAACGGAUGGAGAAAAAAAAGAAGAGAAAAAAUAACGGAAGAGAUGAAGAUGUGUAAAAUGUAUGUGUAUGAGUGCAUGCGUGCGUAUGAAUGCAUCUAAUAGGUGUGAGAGUGUUGUAACGAGAAAAGAAGAAAGGGGAGUAAUCAAAGUAUUUCAGCGAUGUGAAAAGAUGCGUAAGAUGUGCGAGAAUGGCCGAAUAGCUUUACUGAUCUACGUUCGUCGUACCUUGUGCUCAAAUCGCAUGUUCUCAACAGUGCACCAAAGGCAGACGAUCGAUCGAUCUCGAUACGACUAUCAAAUAUACGAGAUAGACCGAACGACCGUCGUGAGCGGGUAUGUUACGAAGAUCAAGAAACAAGAGUAAACUAUGAUGUAUACUGACAUUAAAAAAUCUAUCAAUACGCUAUGACUUGGUUUUAUAAAAAAAAAGAUAAAAAAAGA